AUGAACGAGGACCAACCAAAACUACCUGUUCUCACAGUGUUGGAUUUAAAAAACAUGGUCGGACCUUCUGAUAACCCCUCCCUAGUCAGAGAACUCUGGAACAAAGAGUUAGAGCAUUUUUCGUAUAUCAAUCAACGUGAAAUAAAGAAUGAUGAAUAUCGUGUGAUAAUAGAGGAGGAUGAAAUUUUAUCAAUGCUCGGCCCCAAAGUGACAAGUUUCGGAUUCUCUGGUUCAAUUUCGACUAGGAUCCCCAGGCUGCUACGCUCAUUAUACUCCUUGAAUGGUGGAAGCCUCGAAAAUUUGCCUGCUUUUACACAGAUGACUUCUCUUACAUUGAAGUUGCCAUCAGACAUCAACAAUUGUGAAUUACCGCCCAACUUGCUCCGCAUUACAUUGAAUUUCCCAAGAGAUGAGAUUGACAGCUUAAAAUUUCCGCCCACCUUGGUCAAACUUUCUAUUAGGUCUGCUAAGUUCAAAGACUUGGCCAUAAUCAAUUUUCCGUCUGAAAUUGUCGACCUUGAGUUAGAGAUAUGUAAUAUUACUCUGACCACCGGCUGGUUAAAACCAGCUCAAUUGAAGACACUUUCACUUGCAGGAAAUAAGCUUUUCAAAGCGCUUCUUCCUUGCUGUGAAUUUUUGAACUUGAGAGGCAAUAAAUUAACGGAAGUCGAAAUUGAAGCUCCCUUCCUUGAGCAUAUUGAUUUGACUACAAAUAAGUUGACUUCGACUCCCAAACUUUCAAUAUGUCUUCAAGUCCCUAGUUUCGGAAGAUUUGGACUAUAUCUUCCCAAGAUGUCUGAAUUGCCUCCUAAUUUAAAACUUGUAGAACUCUCGGGAGCUGGAACUGGAGCUUUUCAAAACUACACAUUCCCAUCAUCAAUUGAAGAACUUCACUUUACGGGCUUGGACUUGUCAGGUAUGAGUGGAGUCAAAUUUGCCAAAGGGUCAAGAUUGAAAGAAUUGAUAUUGAGCAAAUCUAUACUAAGUUCAUUGGACGAAGAUUAUUUAACUACUAUCCACGACAGAAUGAUUGAGCUCCCCCCAGGUUUGAAGGCACUAAAGUUGCGUGGAAUGGACUUGCAAAACAUAGAUGGUUUCACCAUUCCACAAUCAGUUACAUUUCUAGACUUGGGAGAAAACGAUUUAAAAUCAUUUGAAGUCAAGUCUCAUAUUGAGACACUCUAUCUUGAUUAUAAUCCAAUAGAAGACAACUUUGUGGUACAUGAGGAUCUGGAGCUAAGAGUUCUUGAUCUUGAAGGUGUUGGACUUACAUCCUUUUCGUUUGAAAUGGUUCGAGCUGAAAAACUCGCACAACUACGUCUAGGUGCUGAGCUUGAAAUGAUUGGAAUCUUUUGA